AUGUAUCCAGGUCUGGUGUGCAGUAAUGAGUUGACUGAAGUUCUGCAUGAGUUAACCUCUCCUCACAUGGGUAGUGAUAUCCUACCUGAACCCUGGAUGCAUAUCACUCCCUCACAGGUUGAUGAGUUGGUGUGUGCAUUAGCUCAGGACUCUGAGAUGUUGGACUGGCAUCAGUUUCUGCUCACUGCAGCUCUGCCGUGGCCGUUUCCCUCUCAGACUCAGCUGUUAAAAACCCUUCAGCGCUACAGAGGCGUUGACACAGCAGGAACCAGACUCAUCACACAAGAACAAUACACACAGGUUGAAUUGUGGUUUCCCAGUAAAAGAGAUCUUCCUGUCCCUGAUGACCCAACUGAACCUCUACCCUAUUACAGACUAGCUAAUCUUAAAAAGUUUUCCUUCAGUCUGUUUGCGAGCACACACUCAUCUCCGCUGAUGCUGGACUAUCUGAGCAUGCUGCUGUAUUUCUGCUGCCAUCCUGAACCAGCUCAGGGCUUCACCAGAGCGCUCAGCCUCCUGAUCGGACACACUCUGCACUAUAAACACACCAGCCCCCUCACACAGUCUGUGCUGUAUAUGGAGGGUGCUGGAGUUGAGGAGUGUGAUGCUGCUGAUGAAGAGGAGGAGACUUCAUCAGACUCCACCCCUGAUGGAGGGAGAUCUCCUCACACCUGA